GGAGCUUGUAGGUGUGAUUGGUUUCGGCGAGAUCGAUAAUCUCUUUGUGAGGGUCCAGAGGAUCGAACAUUCAAUUCUGAGGUAUUCAGCUCACACACUGGUUGCCCACUCCUUCACGUGGUCAGGGAGACGAGGACCGUGCAAAACACCACCAGCAACACUAGUGACACCACACGGCGCCUACUCUACGUCGCUACGUCCUGUGCACGUACAGAACAGAUCGCAUGGUGCGGCUUGAUGUGCCCCACAGGCAACAAAGGUACACGACUGGCAGAACCUAACCGCACACUGGCUGCACACAAAAGCUGUUGACUGGUGUUGAAUCACGGGCCGUGUACAAGUAGGACAUUAGUAGGUGGUUAACUUCAGAGAUAGACGGCCGCAGAUUGCAUCUGUGACGGAUACCCGACUGAUACAGGUAACAUCUUGUGGAGCAAGGUGGGGGCAGUGAACUCACUUUGCCUGAGCUACAUACUGUAGUGAGUGAGAGAGAAAGAGAGAGAGAGAGAAACGAGCAGAAAACAAAAGAUAAAGGAGACUGAAGACAACACACAUCACGUGGUAUAAAUGCCGUGGAGAUAAGCCCACAGCCCGUGACCCGAUCAAGGCUAGCCACAGGAUAUUGCUUGGGAAGGAAACUGUUGCUGGGAAACACGCGCUGAGUCGGAGGCUGCGAACUGAGCUCACCUCUGGUAGUCGUCGGUGUAAAGCACUACGACUUGUGUGUUGCAGUGUUUAGUGUUUGGCUGUGAUGUCGGUAGCUGAGGGUUGAAAGGUUAUCAGUCAGAGGUCAGUAGGAAGACAACCAUCACCUCCUCUUGCGACAACAACAUGUCCUCCACUUCUGUCAACAACAGAGUCAAGCCGGAAGAUGAUGCCAUGCGUAGAGAUGAUGGCGGCGACAUCGGGUGCUGUGGCUACGUGCUGUACGCUCUCUCCAUCUUCAUGAUCGUCAUCACCUUCCCCUUCUCCUUGUGCCUGUGCAUGAAGGUGGUUCAGGAGUAUGAGCGGGCGGUGAUCUUUAGACUGGGGCGUCUGGUGGCCGGCGGAGCCAAGGGACCAGGUUUGUUCUUUAUCAUUCCUUGCAUGGACUCCUACACUAAGGUGGACUUGAGAACAGUGUCCUUCGAUGUUCCUCCGCAAGAGGUCCUGACCCGAGACUCGGUCACUGUCGCUGUGGAUGCUGUGGUGUACUACCGAGUUCAGAAUGCCACCAUGUCCAUUACAAAUGUGGAAGAUUCCAACCGUUCAACGCGUCUGCUGGCAGCCACAACUCUCCGUAAUGUGCUGGGCACAAAGAAUUUGGCGGAGAUCCUGUCAGAACGCGAGACAAUUAGCCACCUGAUGCAGAGCUCCCUUGAUGAGGCUACAGACCCAUGGGGAGUGAAGGUGGAGCGUGUUGAAGUCAAGGACGUGCGCCUGCCAGUCCAGCUCCAGAGAGCUAUGGCUGCUGAAGCUGAGGCCACUCGUGAAGCCCGUGCUAAGGUGAUUGCUGCAGAAGGAGAGCAAAAGGCUUCUCGUGCUCUGAAAGAGGCUGCAGAUGUCAUCUCAGAAUCGCCUGCUGCAUUGCAGCUGAGGUACUUGCAGACCCUCAACACCAUAUCUGCAGAAAAGAACUCGACCAUCAUCUUUCCCUUGCCCAUUGACUUACUGCACAGCUUCCUUAAGAAGUAGAGUACAAAAAAUGUUGAUCAAAGCAGCUGCACAUUUUGUUUUACUCUCUUGUUAUUUUUAACAUGUUGCCCUCUCUUUCUGCCUGAGUAGGCAACCAUCCAGUGUCCACAGCUCUUGAGAAAGUGUUCCGCUCUUAGGCCUCUUCUCAUUUCAGUUUCAAUUGCUCUAGCUUUGAGCUGGUAAAAAUUGUGACAGAACUGGAAGUCUCUCUGCAAAAACAGGCAAUUUGUGUUGUACAUGAGUUUGAGUGGCCUUUAACCUUCUAUUUACUGGUGCCAUCAGUGAAGUAAAAAUUUAAAAGGAAAAAAACAACAGACCAAAAAAACAAAAAACCAGAGCAUGGUAAACUUAAUAGUGAUGUAUAGCUUAUAAAGUACAAUCAAGUUGAUUUAAACCUUGUCUGAAAUGUUGUUAAAGUUUUAUAUUAUAAGAUUUUAUGUUGAUCCUUAUGUUUCAUUCAGACAUAUUAGUAACUUAGCAACACCUGUAAGAGAUUAAUUCAGUGCAUAAUCUAUCCUUUCUUUUUUAAAUUCCUUAAUGAUUACCUUGAUCCGUCUUAUGUUUAGAGAGACAGCUGUGAUUAUUCUUUGCACCAAUUUAAAAUGCUUCUUAUGCCUUUUGUAAGAUCAGUAUAUCCAAGUCUGGACACAAGAUAUGUAUAGAGUGUAUAUUUUACAAACCAAAUGUUCAGAAAAUCUUUCAGCCAGUUUAACCAUCAGCCCCUCUUGGUGCCUUUGCCAAGUCACAACAAUUUCCCUAUAUGUGUGUUGCAAGUUAGCUGGCAGUUGGUUUGGCAGUUUAGAUUCUUAAUGAUGGCAUACAGUAAAUUUACCAUCGGGAUGUACUGGUUCUCCAACAUUGCUGAAGUGAGGAAAGUAUAUUGAUGAAGGAAAAUUAUAAAGAAUUUCUGCUUAAAGCAGAUUUUAUUGUCUCCUUCUGACGUGAGAGCUCUACUUCCAGAUAAGUUUUGCUGUGCAGUUUAAAGGAAUUCAGUGGUAUUCAAAAUAUAUGAUACUUUGUGCUAGUCAUAGAGAUGGUUGCUUCUGGGAGUCAGGCACUGUAGUUAGUAGUCUUGGGAACUGGUCACAGCAAUUGCUAAUAAUUGCUUGUUACUGUUAACAACAAAUGCCAGGAUUAAAACUUUCCCACCGCUACUCGUGUCUUUGAUUAUAAGCUCUGUCUAUGCCAGUUCAAGUUUAGGUUCCUAGAUGGUUGGAGCUGUUUUGUGGCUACUUUCAAAACUAGCUUCCCUAAAGAGUUCUGAGACCUAAAUAUGCUUGUGUGCCUUUGGUAGUCAAGCUGGUCCACUGGACAUUUCUGAAACAAAGCUGAAGCCAGCAGCAGCCUGUAACAUCCUUGGCCAGUGGCAGACCUUGUUUUAUUACAAUGAAUGCUGUACCAUACAGCAAAGAGACAGAUGAAAUCCUUUAGGCCAAGUGUGAAAUUGCUGCAGGAGCAAAUAAUCAGAAUGUCAGACACAGUGUGACAGUGGCACUGUGUCAUAUGAACAGAGGUCCAUCACAAUAUGUAUAAAACACCCUGAUACAUGUAUCUGAUUUAUUUUUAGAAUCAUUUCUCGUCUGUACAUGUAGAUUUAUACCAUUUAAAAGAUUUUGUCCAUCUUGUGGAUGUUUUUGUUUUCAUUAUGUUACCUGCAGUAGAUCCUGUAGCUAUGUCAAGAUAAAGUAGAAUUUUUUUUUAAAUUAUAGUUUUAUUAGUGAGAGUAGUUGAUUAUUGCCGUUAUACACCUUUUGGCCUUGGUGCGUUCACCUGUAAUUUCUGAGGCAGCACACAUUUCACAAAGUCUGACAAAUGUCGUGAAGGCAUUGUUUACUGUUUAAAUAUUCAAAAUGAAUUUUUUUUAAAUGCUUGCUUUCUUUUAUGUUACCAAAAUCUAUGAACAUGUUGUUUAUAAUGUCAUUUUUCUCAAGAAGCAUUGCUUUUUAAAAAGUUUUCUCAUGCAAGGUAUGAACUCAGCUUCUGCUCAACAAUCAAUGGUCAUUAAUUAGAUCAGAAAUUUGUGAGGUUUUUUAAAAUACAUAGUAGCAGUCCGACUACAGACUGCUGACGCCUGCGCCUCUACUUAAUGAUAAAUGAACAUUAACAUCUUUCACAUUUGAUGUACAUCUUUAGAAAAGAAAUCUGAAGGUAAAAAGUUUUGAUUGGAACUUCUGUAAUUUUGUAUUUAGUUUUUCUACAUUCAUGGGAUCAAUGAAACAAAUUACCAGUUCUUUGUAAGUUUUAAUUUAAUUUAUUAGCUGGCAGUUGGUUUGGCAGGUUAGAUUCUUAAUGAUGGCAUACAGUAAAUUUACCACCUGGAUAGUGUCCACUGAUUGAAUAAAAUAAAGUAAAAUAUGGGUAAAAGAUGCUUUUGAUUAUGCAGAAUAAUGAAGAUUUGAUAAAGUUUAUUACCAUUGUAUCAUGUAAUGCCUAUUGUUUAAUAUAACAAACUUCCAAUUUGUACCCACAAUGCUAUUGGUUGAUGGUAUAGCAGCCUGUGCCAUAUAUUUUGUAAAGUUAUCUAUAUUUUUAAAGCAUCUAGAAAGGGAAAGUUAGACUUUCAAAGUUUGAGCUGUUUUUUAAACUAUAUCUUUGACUGUCAGCAUCCACGGAGUUGCUGAUCUGAUGCCCUAUGCUAUUGUGUCACUAUAUCAUAGUGUCUUGGUGGGGUAGAUUUUGGCAUACGAGAGCAGGGAGUUGUCAAUUCAAACUGGUGAUAGUUAGAGAGCUGAAACUAUUGGAAGCCUCAGAUCAGACAGAGCUAUGGUUCUUGUUUUUAGAAAUUUUAAUUAGUAUAAUCUAGUAUUGAAAGAAAUUGCACAUAUUUCAAAACAAAAUGUUGCUAGCAGCCAAACUUCAAUUUAAAAUGGAGCUAGUCAGACUUAAAAUAAAAACGAUUUGUAAAAAAAUUCAGUGUAUAGACAAGUGCAGAAAACAAGUCAACCCAAAAUAGUUGUUCUGUUUUCUUAUAAUGUGGGUGAAAAAUGUGCAUUCUCUAAAUUUAUGCUGGGAAUUUUUUGAAAGAGAACAACCACAUUGUGUCUUACCUUCAACCAGUUUGUACAUAAAUGUGUAUAAUAUACAGCUGUCCUUUUUUUUUUAGAUUUAUGUUGUAAAGGUCUGCUGUAAAUUUACUACUUCCUACUACAUGUAUAAGGAUGUUGAAUGUUCAGUCAAGGAUUUUGCAGGAAGGAGACUGCUACCCUGUCUGCAGCAAGCGACUGUUUUUAUGUGGGUUUUGUGUUUAAUUACCAAAGCUUAACAUCCUUCAGGGAGAGGGGUGGAAGAGUAUGUGUUGUUACAGCUUCUGCAACUUUACACAUUUUGUAUGAAUUCAUUCGCUGAUGAACAUCUAGUAAGAAUUGUACUUGAUUGUAGAUAAGUACACUAUUUGUUGAAUAGUUAACAGAAAGCAUUUACGUAAAUUCGCAAGAGGCUAAGUGUUGGUCUCUGCAGACAGACAUACAGUCCACUUAUACACGUCUGUGGGUUAGUACACUGCAUCCAAACCCAGAGGUGCGCUGGUUCGAUACCCAUGUGACACAGCAACCCUUCUCAAUCAACCCAGUUGUUGGGAAUGGGCAUCUGAUUCCACAGAGUGUUGGAGAAGGUAAAGUAGCAAGAUGGAGAGGAGAAUGGCACUGCUCUCACAAAAACAAAGCAACUAGCCCCAAGAAGAAUGGUUUUUCACCUUGCUUCCCAACAACUUGCAAAAGCUCAGGUGAUGACCUUUACCUUAGAGUUUUGCUGGAAGCUCCUUCAUGACUCUUACCUUUAAUAUUUUCUCAGUAUUUACUUUAACCUUGCUUUACAUUUGUCUCUGUAAAGCAUGGUGAGUCUAGUUUUGGUCAGGGUACAGUGCUCAAUACGUCUCCUGAUUAUCAUUGUUAUUGUCAUGUAUGUGCGUGUGUAUAUAUACAUGUGUGUGUGUCGGUCUGAUUUUGUUUGCUAAGGUAUAUUUGGUAAUUACUGACAACACCUGGUCUUGUGCAUCAAUAAACUGUACCACCUAGUA